AGACCAAUCCAAGGUACCUACUGAAGAUCUAGAUACAUCAGCCUGGAAAAUUGAGCUGGUCUUUAAACCUCGCGCACUCCCAAGAUACGCACAUGUUCUAUACCAAACCCAUUCAGUCCUUUGAAAAAUAUGAAACGUCAAUGCUAGAGAAAACAAACGUAUCACCAUAGUUUCAACUACACAGAAGCUCUGAGACGAGCCAUGCUUGCUCGACAUCCUCUAUAAUCAAUACCAAACACAUGGUGGGACUUCUAACUUGAUGAAUCCAAUUCAACAAAAUGUCCAAGGAAGGAAUGCAGUUGCUUCUCAAGGUCCGACUGGCCGACCAAGCAGAGAGGUAUGACGACAUGGUCAAGUUCUUAAAUGAUCUUGUAGAGAACCAUUCUGGAAACUUCUUCGACCCCUCACUGCUUCAUCACAUCUCUGUGGCAUACAAGAACGCUGUGGGGGAACGUCGGGCAUCGUGGAGGAGCGUGAACGCCUGGGAGGGGAGUGGUGAAGAGGAGGCGGCUGUCAUGCAUGCCUACCUGGAAACUAUAGCAACAGAACUGUUGGACAUAUGCACACAGAUGUUGGAACUCAUAAACACGCAUCUUCUUCCCAAGACGAAAGACCGCGCCAAUGAAAUUCUCCUGCUGAAGCUAAAGGGAGACUACUUCCGGUACAAAGCGGAAGUGCAGACGGAAGAAGAUAAGCAAGGUUCCGUGGAGAGCGCCGACGCGGCGUACUCGGAGGCCAUGAGGAAGGUGAGGGGGGUGCUGCGGCCGUGUGACCCAGUGAGGCUGGAACUGGCUCUCAACUACUCCGUACUCAAGUUCGAGAUGCAAGAGCAGGAGGAGGCGUGCAAGAUAGCCAAGCUGGCGUUUGAGGACGCCAUGGAUACUGUGCAUAAAGUAGACGGGGACGACUACGUGAACAGUACCAGCACCAUGCAGAUACUGAGGGACAAUCUGGUUCAAUGGACGCUGAUGACGGACAGGAAGUAAAAGGAAUACACAUCUUACCAAACUGUCUGACGUGGACUGACGAAAGUUUGCCGUGUGGAAUAAAUCCACUUUUGAUUAGACAAGAUUCAAACUACAUGUCACCAGCACCUCAAUUAUUCCGUGCUGGCAUCGCUCCAGAUUGUGUGGCAUCGCAGGCAUAUGUGGGAGUCAGACGGUAGUGGGCAGAGGUCUGACGCUGUGUUAUUGUUAACUUUUCCGAAAGACAUUUCGUUUAUGAAUAUCUGAAAUAUGCGUUAACCAUUGCAGUAAGCCGCGUAAAGGGUUGGUUCUAUCAAAGGUAUUUUAUCUUUCUUUGUAUUGUGUAAUAAACAGAAUAUAAUGUCAA